AUGGAAAUCAUUACGGAGAGGUCCUACUCGAACCCUUGCCGUUCAUCAACUCCUGUGUCAAGCCCGAUUAUCCCCAGUGGUGAAACUGCACCACGGAUUCUCCGUUCGGAAGUACGAGUCGCUAUCAAGAGCAUGAAACCUGGCACAGCCCCCGGACCUGAUUUUAUAUCAGCAGACUUUCUUCGGGCUGGUGGCCAUCUGCUUCAUGUAGUCUUAGCAGCGCACAUGACAUCCUACCUUCAGAGAGAAAGGAUCCCAGACCAGUGGAAGACCUCGCGAACCUUUCUUAUUCAUAAGAAGGGUGACCGAGAGGACCUUCAGAACUACCGUCCGAUAUGCUUGCUGAGCGUGUUAUACAAAGUAUUCACCAAGAUCAUCCUCACGCGCAUAUCUAGGACGCUGGAUGAAGCUCAGCUCAAGAACAAGCUGGGUUCCGCCAGGGGUUCAGCUGCUUGGACCACAUCCAGACCGUGUCGAGGGGAAUACCGCCUGCCCUUUGUUCUAACCUUCGUCGACUAUGAGAAAGCCUUUGACAGCGUAGAAAUGAAUACAAUACUGUCGCUGGUCGAUUAA